AUGUCCUACGGCAGGCAGCUGGCCUACGCGCCGACGCCCUACAUUCCGCGCUCCAAUCUCUCCGCGACCAUCAACCUUGAUGAGGAAGUCAAGCUCUCUACGACCAAUGCCGAGCGCGACUUGAACGACUCGCUCGCCGAGAUCUACAGCAUCAUCAUCACGCUCGACGCCAUAGAAAAGGCCUACCUCAAAGACUCCAUCGCCGAAGCCGACUACACCGAGACAUGCAACCGCUUGAUGAAGCAGUACAAGUCCAAUCUUGCCAAUGAGACUGUCGCGCGAGCAUUCGGUGACCUGGAUCAGUUUGCAAAGGAAUGGCAUAUGGAAUGUCCCCGAGCUAUCGAACGACUGCGCGUUGGCAUACCCGCUACCGUCGAACAGGGACCAUCACGACCGGCUCAGUCAGGCGACUUUGCUGACGCCACGCUGGUCGUCAACGCGACCGAGACCUUCAUCACUCUGCUCGACGCCAUCAAGAUCGGGCUGGUGGAGAAGGACACCCUACACCCUCUCCUUGUCGAGAUCAUCCAGGCUGUCAACAAGGUCACAGAUGUCGAAUUCGAGAAUAAGGGCAAGAUUGUGCAGUGGCUGAUCACUCUGAACCAAAUGCGGGCCGCCGAGAAACUGAGCGAUGAGCAGUCGCGCGAGUUCCAAUUCGACAUGGACCAAGCAUACUACGGCUUUAAGACAACCCUAAAGAAGGCUUGA